AAGUUGGACUGUAAUGAUGACUUGAUCAUUUUUUGCUGCUGUCUCGUGUGUGUUGUCUAUUGUGAUGGCACUUGAUCAUUGUGACAUUAUAGUAAAAUUAAUCUACUGUGCCUCAAUCCAAAUUGUAUCUUCUAAUAUUAAUUAUAAUCGAUUUAUUUCAUGUUAAAACAAUUGUAUUAUGUUAUGAGUUGAUUCAAUUAACAACUUGCCUCAGACAGAUGGAUCUGGUUGAAUCAUAGAAAUAGAAAUGAAUUUAUCAAUUAGGUUGAUUAAUUAUUACACUCUUAGUUGCAUUGUUUUCAUUAAAUUAUCAUAAAACAUAUUUUAACUAACAAGAAGUAAACAUCUGAUUCCCCCCCUAAAAUAUUACACGUAUGCUUAAAUAUCAAGAUGUAAAAUAAAAUAAAGGUCAGAAGGACUUGAAGAUAAAGAGAAAUUCAGUAUAAGCCUGCAAACAUCUGACUUAUUUUUCAACAUAUUUCACAAAUCGAGCACUAGGAGGCAGUGUUGAUCCUAUGUGAAAGCCGCUGUGUGCUUUACAGAUUCCUGCAGAAAAUGUGAAACAGCAGCCUGCAUUCAAACGGAAGUCGUGUUUGCGCGAUGAGUCCUCUCUAGGUGUCGUAGUUCUAGGAGCUCCGAGUUGGACGGUACGGCAGUCAGACGUUGGCAGGCGGCGGCCGCUCGCUCACGUCCGUUCAGGACGUCGUCCGUCAUUUGAAGGGCACGAACGAAGCGAAGGGGCGCUGCUACCGCCGGGGCGUUUUAACUGAACGGGGGAGAGGAACGCGCGCGCUUCUUGGAGAUGUAGCCCACCCUCGACCAACCUCUCCUCCCAGCAUCGCUGCCAAACCACCUGCACUCCUCUGCUAGAAAGGAAGCGCUGAGAUCCGCAUGGUUCCAUGAUCUAGGAGGCAUCAGGAAAAGGAAAGUUACGUGUUUUUUUCUUUCUGUCACUUAGUUAAUCUUUAACUUCUUUUUUUAUCGAGGCUCCACACCUGCACAGAUACUGAGCUCCCUGUUGAGAAGAACCAUAAACAGAAAUCAUGGAAACGGACCAAAAUAAUCCCAGCCAAAGCCAGACUCCAGAAGACGAAACAAAAAGCGGCACAGAGGCUUUAUCUGUGCCAUCAAACAAUCCAAAUGCCGACUCUAAAAGCGGCCAGCCUACAGUUCCCCACAGGCCUCGGAGACCCCAGAGGAGCCCAAGAGUUGAGAGUUCUGUAGACAUCUCAGAACCCAAACCUGAACCUGUGCCACCAGCAGACGAGGAGAGUUUGCCUGAUGGCAUAGCGGCAAGCCGCCCCAAACCCUCCCGCCCUGCGCCCGUUAAACCGAUAGGAGAGAGCCCGGCGCCGAGCACGAAGUCUGGUCCUAAGGGUCCGGGUCACCACCCUGUCAGGGCUGCCUCCGUACCCCAACCACCUGCCAGCAGGUCUGUGCCUGCUCACCUGAAUCCUCAUGCACAGAGAGCUCUGUCUGUGGCAGGAACCGCUGACACGCAGCGCCAGACUAUGGAAGACUUCCGCAUUCACAUCAUCACCUGGAAUGUGGGCUCCGCGGAGCCUCCUGACGACAUAACCGCUCUGCUGGGGUUGAACGUGGGUGAUGGAAACACAGACAUGUAUAUCAUCGGUCUGCAGGAAGUGAACUCUAUGAUUAACAAAAGAUUGAAAGACGCCCUCUUCACAGACCAGUGGAGUGAGCUGUGCAUGGAGAGACUCAGCCCAUUUGGAUAUGUGCUGGUAACAUCCCAGAGGAUGCAAGGUUUGCUGCUGCUGGUUUUUGCCAAAUAUUUCCAUCUGCCAUUCCUCCGCGGAGUCCAGACUGAAACCACCCGCACAGGCUUGGGGGGCUACUGGGGGAAUAAAGGUGGCGUGGGCGCCCGCAUGUCAGUGUUUGGCCACACCAUCUGCUUCGUCAACUGCCACCUGCCGGCUCACAUGGAAAACUCCGACCAGCGCAUGGAAGACUUCGAGAGCAUCUUACAACAGCAGCAGUUUGAGGGGCAGGCUGCCAGCGGGGUUCUCGACCACGAUGUUGUGUUCUGGUUUGGAGAUCUUAAUUUUCGGAUUAACGACUUGGAUAUACAAGCUGUUAAGUCAGCCAUUGACAACAACAAGUUCUCUGCACUUCUGGAAAAGGAUCAACUCAAUAUGGCCAAGGACAGCGAAACUGUGUUGGAGGGUUUUCACGAAGGUCCACUUAAAUUUCCCCCCACCUAUAAAUUCGAUGUUGGAACAAAUACUUAUGACACAAGCGGGAAGAAGCGUAAACCAGCUUGGACCGACAGGAUCCUGUGGCGCCUGAGAGCCACCGCACCGGCUGCUCAGAGCUCUGAGAAGCGUGGGUCCUUUUCAGGGCUGACCAGCGGGACCAAAGUGACACAGCACUCCUACCAAAGUCACAUGGAAUACACGAUCAGUGACCACAAACCCGUAUCCUCCAUCUUCACCCUGCAGUUUCCAUACAAACUGGAUAUUCCUCUGGUCACCAUCAUAGUGGAAGAUGAGUGGAAUAGUGUGGCUGAUGCCAAAGUAAUAUUCAAGAUGGCACCCAAAUAUUCUCGGAGUUCUUGGGAUUGGAUCGGACUGUAUAAGGUGGGUUUUAAGCACCCCAAGGAUUAUGUGGGGUAUGUGUGGGCCAAGCAGGAGGAGGCAGAUUUUCUUCGACAAGAACAUGAGGUAACCUUUAUAGAGGAAGAAUUGCCCAAAGGCUCAGGGGACUAUAUUUUGGGUUACUAUAGCAACAACAUGAACACGAUUGUGGGUGUAACGGAACCAUUUCAGAUUCAGCUUCCAUCUUCAGAACAUGAGAGCAGCUCCUCAGACAGCUCUGACUUCAGUUCCGAAGAUGACAGCACUGUUGUCAUGAAGAUGAGGUCCCGCAGCUCGAGUCCUCGUAAGGUCAAACGCCGUACCCACCGAAGUGGCAGCCGCUCCGCCAGCCACUCCCGUAGUCGCUCUGGAAGCCCUGCCCCUGCCAAGCUGACGGAGCUUGAAAUUACAGAUGGUGCUGCGGCAGAAAGUGAGUCUAGAAAAAAACCAGAAGAGGGCAGCACUAGUCAGCAGAUAGUUUCUGCAGAAACCAACAAAAGCAAAGUGGAUUCAGGAGUGUGAAAAUCGCCAAACUUGCCGUUUGUUGCCGUUGCAUUGCAUUUAGUUGUGUUCCUUUUUUUUUAAACCAGUUCACCACUUUUAUGUUAACUUUUGAUUUUAGGGAGGGUUUCUUGCUUUUGGAUUUUGCUGUUAGCCGUUCAUGAUUUUUUUUUUCCCUUUUGGUUACUGUUUGCCUGUCUAUUGUUUUCUGUAUCUUUGUAUAGUCUCAGGUGUUGAUAGUACAGGGAUAUAUUGAAUCAAUUACUCAGAGAUCAUGCCCUUAUUAAUUCAAUUCUGCUAAAGGAGACGGCCAUGCAGUCUGAUUCUAGCCUUGCAAACAUUCCCUGCUUUUGGAAAUUCAAUACAGGUGAAACAGUGUGUUUAAAAAAAAAAGUUUCUAAUCAUCUCCAAAUCCUGUUGCUGCAUAAUACACAUAAAACAGAGCUAAACCAAAGGAGGCGCAGACACAAAAUUCUGGGAGCACAGCACUGUAGUCUACUAAGAACGUUGAAGCCUUUUAAUAGACUGCCAUACCAGUUCAGUGGGGCAUCGUGGCUGUGAGAUGCCAUGUCGGCUGACCCGGCACAGCUGUCAAAGCUAAACUUGUUGAUUUGUGGUCAGCCACACUGAUUUGGACAAUAAAAAGGACAACAACUGGAGCAAUAACUAUCCCGGUGUGAUUUGCUUUAGUUAGUGGGCCUCAUGUUAAUAAAAUGGCAUCUCACUCACUCACUUUUUAAAUAGCGUCGAUUAUCUCCCUUUUUUCCAACAAACAUUUGAUAUUAUACAGAGCUGAACAGGAAACUGCCUUGAUUUGUUUGUAAGUGAUGUGAUGCUCUGUUGUAAUGCACCAUCCUUACCAUUAUGAGAGAUAAUGAAUAAUUUAAAUGUCUGAAUGACUAUUAGUUCAGUUAUCUUCAGUUGAUCAUUUUUUUCUCUGAAGUUAUGAUCCCCCAUCAUUGAUCUCUGUAACUAGCUGAAAGUAACAACCGUCACAACAGUGGUGUUACAUAGUUAACGUGUAACCAUCUUGCACACUUUGUACUUUUGGACGGUUAGUGUAGGACAUUGUUGUAGCUGUGACCUCUGUGUGUACAUCUGUUGUUCCCUGUUAGUGUAUGUUGUGCUGGAGGUCUGCACGUGUGUGUGUGUUUGGGACGGUGUGUUUGGAGGGUGUGAGGGGUAGUUAAACUGUUAAAUAUGACUGCUGUAUGGCUGCCUUUGCAUGGUUUGCCAAUGGGCACUCUGUACAUUCCGGUACUAUGGGUAUUGUGCCGUAAAAGUGCUAUUCUUUUUUUUUAAAUCAUCUUUGUUGUUUUUGUGGCUGUGAAACUUACUAAACAGAAAACUCGCAGAAUUUUAACUGAAGUAGAAAUGUUUGUUGAAUAAAUCCAGGAUAGUUCCAGUUGCAUUAAAUGGAAAAAUGUCCAAAUGUUUUUAUGGUGCAUUUGUGGGUUUUCCUUAUCUUGAAAAGAAAAACUGCUGGACAUUUGUCAAAAAGUUUGUAAAAAUGUUCUUUAGGGUAUUUAGAUACAUAUGUUCAGGAAUACGGUCACAAACAGUGAUUCUCUACUGUGACAUGUAUUUUGUUUUGUAAAUUUGUGGCUAAAAACAUAAGAUAUAAAGUAUAUUAAAAAAUAUAUCUAUGUUUGCAUAUACAUGUAUAUAUACAGAUAUACAUGUAUAUAUACACAUAUAUUUUAUUUAAAUUAUCUAUUUAUUUUCCUAUUCAAAAUCUAAAUGAUUUUAAAAUUCUGCUGGGCAGUGACAAAGCUUUAUUUCAGUGAAAAUCUGAAAAUAUCAUGAAAUCUUGAUAUUUUCCUCUAUAUAUAUGUAAUGACAGAUGUGAGUUACCUUGUUUUUAUUUCUGUAAAUUCAGAUAUCAGGUGUUGAUUGUUGAGUUUAUCAAUAUUUGUAUUACUGAAAUUGAAAUUACAAGUAGUAAUGAUUAAAAAAAACUGAAACCCUGAAAAUCUAUAAAAUAUUGACUUUAGGUUUAUUUAGAUGGUUUGUCUCUGUAAAUCAUCAAACCAGAGCUAAGACGAUUGUUUAUGUACUGUUUUUGUGAACUUAAAGAAAUAGUGCAGCUUUGUCUUAAUAAAAUAAUACUUAAAUCAUA